CGCGCAGCAGUGAGGAAGUCAAGCGUUCCGUCCGCCGAAACAUUACCCAGGGGAGCUAUCGUUGACAACAAGCAAUCAUGUCCACCAACAUGUGUCACAGUCAACUAACUCUGACUUCAGAGCCGGAAAAAUUCAAGAAUCCUCCGUGGUGGAACCGCCGCACCAAGCUAGAGAGGACGCUAUGUUUCGUGACAGUGACUUCCUUGCUGAUGCUGCUUGUGAUGGCCGCAGCCCUAGCCGUGUUUGGAUACCUCUACCAGAAAAAUAUCGAUGCCCGGCAAGCGAUCUUUGUCCCCGCCAAUCAAGAGCGCCUGGUGUCCUCCAACGAAUCUGCCUCCAACCUGUGUCUGACACCUGGCUGCGUGAAAGCAGCUGCCGAGAUUCUGUCCAACCUGGACGACAGCGUCGACCCAUGUGACGACUUCUUCCAGUUCUCGUGUGGAGGCUGGCUGAACAGGCAUGCGAUAUCGGAGGACCGAUCGUCCACCUCCGUGUUCACCGAGGUGCAAGAUGAUCUCAAUCUCAAGUUAAGAGUUCUGCUGGAGAAAAAGCUGACAGGAUCUGAACCUGAUUUUAUAAAAAUGAUUAAAAAUAUGUAUGAGUCCUGCUUAGAUUUAAAAAAAAUUGAAAAAGCUGGCAGUGAUCCUCUGAGAAUAACAUUGAAAACUUUAGGAGGUUGGCCAGUUGUUGAAGGAGAUAAGUGGGACGGGUCUUCCUUUGACUGGGUCGAUACAUUAAUGUCCUUUAGAGACUUGGGUUACAGUCAUGACAUUCUCAUUGAUCUCUCAGUGACAGCAGAUUACAGGAACAACACGGUUCACAUUAUCGACCUGGAUCAAACAUCACUUGGCAUGCCAGAUAGGACAUAUUUGAUGAAGGGUUUAAAUGAUACCUCAACUGCAGCUUAUUUUGACUUGAUGGUAAAAGCAGCCAAUCUACUCGGAGCAGACAAAGCGACGUCAAGAGAUGAACUGAAAAAAUCGCUAGAUUUUGAGAUUACUCUUGCCAAUUACUCUUUGCCUCGAGAAGAAAGAAGAAAUAUCAGCAGAAUGUACAACAAGUAUACAGUCAAGCAAUUGCAAGAAUUGGCUCCAAAAAUUCCUUGGCUCAAGUACUUCAACGGCCUUCUGAGUAACGAAAUAACAGAAAAUGAAACUCUCAUCGUUUCUGUACCUGAUUUCAUUGUCAAAUUUUCUGAAUUUAUUACCAGCACCGAUAAAAGGGUGAUUGCCAACUACAUGAUGUGGCGAGUGGUUGGUCAAACGAUGUCUGUUUUAUCCAAAGAGUGGAGAGCCCUUGCUUUGGAAUAUAACUCGGUUAUUACUGGAAAAAGCGUCGAGGAGCCUCGCUGGGAACAAUGCCUGUCUUCACUGUCUGGUAGCCUAGGAAUAGCACUCAGCUCUUAUUACGUCCGUCAUUACUUCAAAGGCAGCAACAAAGAAAAGGCACUAGAACUAGUCAAGUAUAUUCACGCAGAGUUUUUGGAUAUCUUGGAUAAAAUCGACUGGAUGGAUGAAAAAACAAAAGUACAGGCUAAAGAAAAGGCACAUGCAAUAAAACCAUUCAUAGGUUAUCCUCAAGAGUUGCUCAAUGAUUCCUACGUUUCUGAUCUCUACUUAAAUUUGACAAUCACUAAUGAAAGCUACUUCGGCAACAUCAUGAGUCUGCGCAAAUGGUCGACAGAUUAUGCCUUCUCGCAGCUGAGGAAACCAAACAUCAAAGGAGAGUGGAAGAAACAUGCAAGAGCAGCAGUGGUCAAUGCGUUUUAUAAUUCAUUGGAAAAUAGCAUAGAAUUUCCGGCUGGAAUUUUACAAAACGCAUUUUUCAACAAAGAUAGACCGCAUUAUCUGAAUUUUGGAGCCAUUGGUUACGUUAUUGGACACGAAAUUACUCACGGAUUUGAUGAUAGAGGGCGCCAAUUCGAUAAAGAUGGUAACAAUAAAAACUGGUGGGACAAGACGACCGACGAGCUUUUCAAGAAGAAAGCUCAAUGCAUCAUCGACCAAUACAGUAACUACACUACGGAAACCGGAUUACAGGUUAACGGCAUUAAUACCCAAGGAGAAAAUAUUGCUGAUAAUGGUGGUUUAAAAGAAGCAUAUCUGGCUUAUCAAUCUUGGGUUAAGGACCAUGGUCCGGAACAACAACUACCUGGACUGAAGUUUUCACCAAGCCAGCUGUUUUGGAUUAGUGCAGCAAAUGUUUGGUGUGGUAAAUAUAGACCAGAAGUUUUAAAAUUAAGGAUCAUUUCUGGUUCUCACAGUCCCCCACAAUUUAGAGUAAUAGGGCCCAUGUCCAAUCUUGCAGAGUUUGCCAAAGAAUUCAACUGCCCACCAAAUUCCCCCAUGAACAAACAGAACAAGUGCCAAGUGUGGUGAAAUUCAGUGCAAUUUGGAGCCUUCGGAAGCGAUAUACAAUUUCCCUGAUUUUAUUUAUUAAAGGUGAAUGGGAGGAGGAACACUGAAACGGAAGGACUUUAAAAUUAUUUUCAAAUUAUUUUGUACAGUUGUUAUUUUUAUGUGUUUUUUUAUAAUAAAAAGAAUAAAACCCUAAUGAAGUCUUCCA